CCUCCCAUUUUCUCCUCCUCUGCUCUGUAAUCGCUCUGCUCGCCCAUACCGUACACACCUAAUGCCCCCUCCCCCUUUUCUGCCUUAUCUACUUCCUCACUGGUUUCUCUGCUCCCUCUGCAUCUCAGUACUUUGCUAAUACGGUCAAGCGAUUCAAGUCCUAAAAUGCUCUGAGUAGUGUUUCUGUUUGAUUCUUUUUACUGUUCAACUUUCCAGCAACUCUCGGCAGUUCUGUUGCUUUAACCGUCUGAACCAUAUGGCGUCUUCGGAGAAUUUGGCGAGUAUCGACCCCUGGGCCUUCCGAUCCCCCUUCGCAGAUUCCUGGUUUACUGACGCUUUCUCCCGCGAGACUGAAACGCUCACGAAAGUGCUGCAGAAAUCGCUAUCUGGUGCGAAUCCCGAGACACUGACAGACGACACGAUUUCUCCGUUUAUGGACCUUAUCAAACCCGAUACGUCUCCAACCCCGACGGUUUCGGGCCUUUCCGGUUCGGACCAGGAAGCGGCACCUAAACGCCAGCGGGGCUCGAUUCCGCCGGCUGCUGGAGGGAAGGUUUCGAAGCGCAAGUCACGUGCGUCGAAGAGGUCACAGACGACUUUUAUAACGGCGGACCCGGCGAACUUCCGGCAAAUGGUGCAGCAGGUGACCGGCGUGAGGCUGGGGAAUUCGCAGAUGCCAAUGGCACCGAUCCUGAAGCCGGAGCCACAGCGACUGGGUAGCCGGGUUCCUGUGAGCGGCGGAGCGGGGUGCUUGCCGACGCUGGACACCUCCGCAUUCUUGCUGGAUCAUCACCAACAGCAGGUGGUGGGACCCGCGUCGGCGGCGGCUGGGGCUGCUGGGUUCUCAGGGUCGGCCCCACUUUCUUUUGCACCCUCUGUUGGGGUGGUGGAUGGUGCUGGUAUUGGGUCCGCGGGUUUAGAUUUUGACACUUACGCGAGCUUUCCCACUCUGGAGUCUUGGAAAGUUAUGUGAGAUUCUGCGCUACGUUAUGACCCAAUUGUUUUGGCUUUUUCAGAGCCUUGAUUGGGGUCCCAGUGAUGUGGAGUGGAAGAUGGGUUAGUAUCAGUCUGUAAAUUUGGCAAGGAAUGACUCUAGUUCUUAUUUGAGCCUUUUUUCCCUAUUAGAUUUUUCUUGUCACAUAGUUUAUCUGGGGUUGUAUUGGAUAAUUUAGAUAUUAUUACCUAUGUAUCAAUGCCAUUACUUGUUUAUGUAGCAUUAUCGACAAUGUGGUGUUGGUAUC